AUGAAUGGGAACUGGAAGGUGAAUGAGGAAGACAUCGAAAAAAUUAUUGCUGAAUACUUUGCUCACAUUUUCAAGUCUACCAAUCCGAGUGAGAGGGAGAUUGAUGAGGUUUUGGAGCAUUUUGAGCCGAGAGUUACGAGCGAAGCGAAUCAGAUGUUAUCCAUGCCUUUCACUGCUGAUGAGAGACUCCCUUCUGCCCUUAAUUUCACCUACAUUGUUCUUAUCCCUAAGGUGAAAAAACCGGAAAAAAUGACAGAGUAUAGACCUAUCAGUCUAUGCAAUGUGAUUUAUAAAUUCGGAUCAAAGGCUAUUGCUAAUCGUCUCAAACCGAUUCUUUGUGAUAUUAUUUCACCUACCCAAUCUGCUUUUGUUCCCAAACGUCUUAUCACCGAUAAUGUUCUCGUUGCUUACGAGAUCAAUCACUUCAUUAAGUCCAACUCUAGUAAUCGAAAUAAUUAUAUGGCAGUCAAGUUAGACAUUAGUAAAGCAUACGAUCGGAUUGAAUGGUUAUUUUUGAGAAAAAUUCUUUGUCGUUUGGGUUUUUUGCCUGGGUUUGUUGAUCUUAUUAUGUUGUGUAUCUCUUCUGUCUCGUACUCAUUUCUCUUUAAUGGUUCACAAUUUGGCUCGCUUCGUCCAUCUAGAGGUAUUCGGCAAGGCGACCCUUUGUCCCCAUAUAUGUUUAUAUGUUGUGUAGAAGCUUUAAUUACUAUGGUUCAGAAGGCAGUCAAUGAAGGUAACUUUCAUGGAAUUAAAAUUGCUCCAUCAGCUCCCACAAUUUCCAAUUUGUGCUUCGCGGACGACACUCUUCUGUUUUGUAAAGCUUCUGAAGCCGAUGCGAUUACUAUGAAAAACAUUCUUGAUCAAUACGCAAGGAUUUCGGGACAAGAGAUUAAUUUUGAAAAGACUAAUGUGAGUUUUUGUCCAACAACUUCCGCGGCUUUGAAGGAGAGUAUUUGCAAUAUUUUGGGUUUCCAAGUGGUGGAUCGACAUGAAAAAUACUUAGGUAUGCCUGUCUCGAUGGGAAGAACAAGAAAAGAAAUAUUUAGUUUUCUUCGAGAUCGUAUUUGGGCACGUAUUAAAGGAUGGGGCGAGAAACAACUCUCAAAUUCCGGAAAAGAGGUUCUUAUUAAGGCUGUUUUGCAAGCAAUUCCGUCAUAUAUGAUGAGUUGCUUUAUGCUACCGGUGGGUCUCAUUAAUGAUCUGGAAUCGGCCAUCCGAAGGUUUUGGUGGGGAAAUGGAAAUGACAGGAAGAUGCCGUGGUUAGCGUGGAAUAGAAUGUGCAUGUCGAAAGCUGAUGGUGGUCUUGGAUUUCGGUAUUUGCGUAGUUUCAAUAUAGCAUUAUUAGCCAAACAAACCUGGAGAAUUUUAAAUUACCCUUACCUUCUAUUAUCCAAAAUUCUGAAAGCUCGUUAUUUCUCCAAUGGUGAAGUUCUCACGGCUGAAUUAGGUUCGCGGCCUUCAGCGACUUGGCGGAGUUUAGUUAAGGCACGGUCUCAUCUGCUCAAAGGUUUAAGAAAGAGAAUUGGUGAUGGCUCAAGCACAUCUAUCUGGGCGGACCCAUGGCUCGGUGACGAUGGAAAUUUCAAAGUUAUUACUCGAAGACCUCUGCACUCGUGUUUCCCAGAUAGAGUCGAAGAUUUAAUUGACCAGACUUCAAAGUCGUGGGAUAUCUCGAUUAUUAAUGAGCAGUUUUGGCCAGUGGAUCGAGAACGUAUUCUGGCUAUACCGAUUGGAAGUUCAUAUGCAUCGGACAAAUGGAUUUGGCACUACACGAAGGACGGAAAAUUUACGGUUAAGUCGUGUUAUCAACUCGCCCUAGUAACAUCACACAACUAUCAUGCUAAUAGGGGUCUAGCGAAUGAAUCGUCGAGUGGACUAUCAAGCAGAAGAUGGAGGAACAUAUGGCAUUUGGCACUUCCCCCGAAAAUUCGUAUGUUUCUUUGGAGGGCCUGUUCUGAUAUACUCCCCACACAAGCCGAGCUGUUUAGAAGAAAAAUUGCCACCUCUCCAAUGUGCAACCAUUGCGGGAGAGAGUGGGAGACACCUAUGCACGUCUUUCUCCGUUGUCGAGGAAUGGAAAAAAUAUGGAAGUCACACCCUUUUGGCAUUAUAGGGCAGCCAAAACCAGUGUCUAUGUGGGAUUGGAUAAUUCAAUGGCAGCAACAGUUAACAGAGGAUUCCUUUCUCUUGGCGGUCGUCGUAGUGUGGAAAGCUUGGGAGUCAAGAAAUCGAGAGAUGCAUGGAGAGCAAGGGAUGGCGAUGGACGAGUUUAUUAGCUGGGGUCUGACUUUUCUCAAUUUGUAUCAACAAGCACAACUUCCUCGUACUCCCAUACAGCAACGCGCUCAUCCAACGGAGUGGAAACCGCCUCGAGAAGGAAUAAUUAAACUGAAUUUUGAUGCAGCUCUUCCAGCUGGUACAGACCAUUACACGGUGGCUGUGAUAGCUCGAGAUUGGCAGGGUCACUGUAUCUUUUGGGCAGCUAGAAGCUUUAGAGGCCGACCAAGGGCAGUCGAUUGUGAAGCUCAUGCUGCACUAUUCGCAUUGACUAGAGCCAAAGAGGAAAGUUGGCCAUCAAUUAUUCUGGAAGGAGAUUGCCUCAAAGUUGUCGAAGCUCUUCGAGGAGAGGAUGCUCAAUCAUGUUCAUUUGGCGCUUAUGUCGAAGAUUGCUGGUGGGAAAAACGGCUAGGGUUUGGAGAGAGAGGGAGGGGUUGUGGUGAAUCCGGUGACGGUGACGGUGACGGCAUGAAAAAAGUGUGGAAAUUGCAACCGCGAAGGAAUGUCUGGAAGUUUCUCCUUGUCGACAAGAAGAAGAAGAAGAAUCCGAAACCCGAGACCCGAGAACCCGAAACACGGGAAAUUUCUGGAAUUCCACACGUGUGGUAUAAAGGAAAUCCCAAAAAAUGUCAUCCUUUGCUCUUCGAAAGGUUGAUAAAAGCUUCCAGAUUAGCUAUUGAUGUCUACAACAAAACACAUCCCAUAAAAUACAGAUUUGUGGAGCUGAGCUAUGCAACUGGAGUAACAAUAAUGGUGGGUUUGACAAUUACCGCAGAGGAGAUCAACAACGGUGAGUUAUGCACUUUUGGAGCUCUCGUUAACACCCUCAGUAAUACUGUCAAGUCCGUCAAAAUCACCCCUCCCUCCUUGCCUGUGACCUUUGAUGGGUAA